AUGGCGGCGGACCACGGGGAGGGCGUCGGCCGCUGCAUACUGGUGGGGCUGCACAUGGACGCCGUCGGCAGGGACCUGCUCCGGUGGGCGCUCCACCACGAGUCCAGGCGGGGCGACCGCAUCGUCGCCGUGCACAUUUACCGAAAGUCCGACAAGACGAACACACUGAAGCUGAUCAGGACGCUGGACGACUACCUGGCGGAGUACGAGGCCCUCUGCAACCAGAAACAGGUCGUUCUCGUCGGCCGGGUGACGCCGGGGAGCUCGAUCCAGAAGGAGCUCGUGAAGGAGGCCAAGCUCUGCGCCGCCAUGGUCGUUGUGCUUGGCGCCAAUAAGAAGUACUCCUUCGGAGGGUCGUCCUGCCUGCCCAAGUACUGCGCCAAGAAGCUGCCGCCGACAACCACCGUCGUCGCCAUCCAGGACGGCAAGGCCGUCUUCGUCCGGGAGGCGCCCAAGCCGCCACUUGCUGCGGCCACGGCGCCGCGCGGCCGCGGCGGCAACGAAGUCCUCUUCGACGACGCCACCGAAGGCGACGGCAGCGUGACGCUCGAGCAGAGGCUCGGGUGGCCGCUGCUCCGCCGCGCGCACGCCGCCGCCGCCGCAGCUGCCCCUGUACAAACGCCCAGCGCCAAGAAUCAGGAGCCGCGGAAGCAGUCGGUGGUGCACUGGGUGAUGAGCCUGCCCCGGCGAUCCGCGCCGUCGGAGUCCACCGAGCCGCAUGCCGGGGCGGGACUCGAGUCGGAGCUCAAGGCAAUGCUUGGUGGCAGUGGCGCCCGGUGCCGGUGGUUCCGCUACGAGGAGCUCUACGACUCCACCAGCCACUUCUCCGCAGAGAACCUGAUUGGGAACGGAGGGAACAGCAGGGUGUACAGGGGCAGCCUCGCCUGCGGGCAGCAGGUGGCGAUCAAGCUGUCCAAGGCGUCGGCGCAGGCGUCCAAGGACUUCCUCCGGGAGGUGGACAUCAUCACCAAGCUGCAGCACCACCGGAUCGUCCCCUUGAUCGGCGUGUGCGUGGAAGGCCGCAACCUCAUCUCCGUCUACAGCUACCUCCCCAGGGGCAGCCUCGAGGACAACCUACACGGAGAAAGGUCAAAGCCAGCGCUGUCAUGGGAGAACCGGUACAGGGCGGCGCUGGGGAUCGCGGAGGCCCUGAGCUACCUGCACUCCGGCAGCUCGCGGCCGGUGAUCCACCGGGACGUCAAGUCGUCCAACAUCCUCCUCGCGGAAGAGUUCGAGCCUCAGCUAUCCGAUUUCGGGCUGGCCAUCUGGGAGCCGACGAAUCCAACCUCCCUGACGCACAGCGACGUCGUCGGCACAUUCGGGUACCUGGCGCCGGAGUACUUCAUGUACGGGAAGGUGACCGACAGGGUGGACGUGUACGCGUUCGGCGUCGUCCUGUUGGAGCUCCUGUCCGGCCGGAAGCCCAUCAGCAGGGACGGGUCGUCACCCAAGGGCCAAGAGAGUCUCGUCAUGUGGGCAACUCCGGUGCUAAGCAGCGGCGACAUCUCUGACCUGCUGGACCCGAGGCUGGACGUGAAGCACGACGAGGUGGAGGUGAGGCGGAUGGCCUCUGCGGCAUCGCUCUGUCUCCGGAGGUCGGCUCGACUCAGGCCGCCGAUAUCGCAGAUACUGAGCAUACUACGAGGAGAAAGCAUGGCGGGCAUCGCCGACCAGGGCGCAACGGAAUCGGACUGCCUGGACGACGAGGCUUACCCGGCGGCGAACGUGAGGUCCCACCUGGACCUCGCGCUUCUUGACGUGGAAGACUCCGAGUCCAUCUCUAGCACGGAGAACAGCAGCGGCCUCAGCCCGUUGGAGGAGUACCUGCGAGAACGUUGGAGCCGAUCGUCCAGCUUCGACUGA